CCCUGUCGAAAAGCAACCAGCUCCUGCAUAUAUGAAAAACCUCUUCUAAAUCUCUUUGACAUCUCAGCUACAAAACCUCCAACUCAAUAAUACAGAGACACUGAGAAUGGAAACAAAAGUUUUCAUCUGUGUUCUGUGUGCCUGUUUGGUCACACUUUUAGUUCAUAAGACAUCAUCAGCUUCAAUAAAUGAUGGCAUAUUUCUAUCAGACAAACCGACUGAGCAAGCACCUGUUAAUGGAAGUAAUUACGAUCAGAUGACUAACCAUACCCUAAAUACAAAUACAACCCAAGAAAGUAUGUCAGAAAAGACCAUUGCGCUGAAUCUUGCAGAGAAUGAUGGGAAACAAAACAACACACAAGACUCAAAGACAACUCAAGGUUUACAAAACCCCGAAGAUAUGUAAAGAUUAAAGACUGAGAACUGGAUAUCAACCUGUUAAACAGUCAACCCCUGAUAAAAUGGCAUGCUUUAAUGUUUGUUGAGCGAAUUACCUUUGUAUUGUAGGACAUAUAACAUCACAUGCAAAAGAUGUGCCUGUGUAAAUGUACAAGAAAAAUAAGAAACCCAACUCAUGACUGCUAUGCUACACAUGGAAUGAUAUAACAUCGAGAGUAAGCUAUUAUUGUAUUAGAGUAUAUCAAAAGAAGAGAAUUGCAAUUGUUUACGAAGUAAAUAUGAAAAAGUACACUGAUAAAAAAUAUUCUGCUUGAUUUACUUAAAUCUUGAAUAAAUUUAUUACGUAGAUCAGUCAAGACUAGUCUUUGUAAAAACUACUUAAAGUUUCUGUCUUUUGAAAGAAUAUAUACACAUAUACAGGAAGGGUUAAAUAACAAUUUUAUUAGCCUGUGUAUGCUUAUCAAAAGGUUAAAUGUUCAGUAUUUUGUGAUAAUGUCAAAAUAAUUUAAUUAACUCUCCAUUGGAAAAGAUGUACCUGGGAUAAAACUUAAUAACUAAUUUGGAAUCACAUCUCUAUAACUGUGAUAAUCCGUGGAUUAUUUGUUCUUAAAUAACAUAAUAUGAAAACUAUAUGAAGUAGCCAACAAGCCUACAAAACUACCAAUGUUAAGUGCCAAGAUCAUCUGAUUUAUAAUCUCUUGGGUAGAGGUUUAAACGCUAGGCCUAGACACUGUGAAUGGAGAAAUCAUAAAACCAAGAGGAUGUUGAUCAUUUAGGCCUAUGUCUUCUCACAUUCAUGUGUUUGUAUUUCUUGUCAAAUUACUUAAUAUACUGUCCAAAAUGAUAUCCCAUUUGUUAGUCAAAAAAGGAUUUGGACUUGUAUGGUUUGUACGAUUGUGUUUAAGAUGGGAUAACCAGACCAAUCCAGCAGAUAUAUUUCAGGGAUUAUUUUAACAUGCCCCUAAUCUAAUUUGACCUGAGACAGAGGAGACUAAUAAUUGCCUGACUAAUCCUUGCUUAUGGUUUUUAUAUUAUUAUUGUAUAUGUUUAGACUGAAACUUUAGAUUUUAUGUAUUAGAGUUAAUUUUGUGGAAGCUUGUGAUGAAUAAGCAGUGUCACCGUGGACAUGUUGACUGCAGUAAACACUGGACCACAACCUGCCCCUCGGGUCCUGGCCUGUCAUUCAGACACACACAAGAGAAGGGAGACAGAAGAAAGAGAGAGUGAUGGAGGAAGAAGAGGGGGGUCCUGGAGGAGCUAGUGACGUAUUCCCAGGCCCCAGCAUCUCCGCACUUCUAAGCAGCAAGUAAUGAGCUUAACCACACAGCUUCAGUGCAACGGGGUCAAUCGCUCGGAUUAUCACACUCCAAUUUGACAUCACAAUCCUCCGCACCUCUCUGUUUUUAUGUUCUUUUUUUGGAAACCUUUGAACCUUUUCUAACCUUGACCUUUCCUAAUUUUUUAUUUCCUUUCUAUGAUCUUUAUUCUUGUAGGUGAAAAUUGAUACAUUAAACUUUCACAGGUUCAGAGAGGACUGGCAGCUCAAAUAUGGACCGUAGUUCACUCUAGCUGAGACAAAGGGUGUAUAAGAGUUGUUGAGGUAGGGGGUGGAUGGUAGCUUUUGGAACAGGGAUUCACCUUUUUACCUUUGAAAACAUAACCCAAUGCCACUGUCCAGCAACAAGGUCGCUGACGAUGGAACUUCAGCACAGCCACUGCAAGAGGGGAAAGCAAUGGUGGACUCCCUCGUCAAGGUGGUGGCAUGUUAUCGGCACUUGGCCUCCUGUAUUGGUGGAUGCAUGGACAACUCCAGCCUAAGACGUGAUCUUCUGCAAACACGAGAGCGAGCUCAGACACUAGCGAUGUCCUGCCGAAACCACCUGACAGCUCGACUGAGGGAUAAAACAUUAGCGGAGGCUGAGAGGAAGGAAACAGAGCUGCUAUGGGUGGCAUUCUCCUCUUGUCUGGAGCUCUUACAUGCAGAUAUGUGCAAGGUUUUCACCAUGGUCAAGCACUUUUCCUUGGCCAACAACAGUACCAUGGUGCAAACAGGCAUACAGGGGGGGUCAACAGAGGUGGCAGCACGGGCUCUGAGCCUGCCUGACCUGCAGGAGGCAGGUGACGGGUCGCAGACGUCCAGCGUGGAGGGUCAGGAGCAGAGUCAGCUGGAGCAGGAGAUCGCACAGGUGGACCGUACGCUGGAGGACAUGGAGCUGAAGGUCAAUGUGCUGCGCUGGACAGUGGAGGCGCUGGGUCCUCAGAAUGGUGACCCCGUCAGCACUGACAGCGCUUCGCUAGCGCUGCUGUCCAUCGACGAAGAGGCAGCUCAGGGCUUUUGCAGUCGCAGCCAGAUGUUUGCAGCAAUGAUGCUGUGUGGUGUGGCAAUCUUUGCCGUGGUGCUGUCAGUGUGUGUGGUGUUCCUGAUCUGAAGUCUUAUCACUUGUCUUGUGUAGGCCUUUUUGUUUUUCCAAGGUCUCUUCAGCUGUGUUCAGCCAAACAUCAACAGUCUGUGUACUUAUUAACUAUGUAACAGUUUCUUACUGUUGAUCUCAACAGCCUGUGACUCCUUUUUAAAUCAAAAACAUUGCCAUUAAUUUUGAGUGUGUGAUCAUUUAUAGCAAAGGUAAGCAUGAAGAAUGAAUCUUCGGUCUAAAGCUGAAUUGUAAUGUGAAAUUUGGGCAAGUAGUAAAAUCUGAUUUAUAUACUGAUGUACUAUCAGGAUGCUGUGCAUAAACACAAGAUUGGUUUACUGCAGCUCAUGUUAUGGGCGUUUCAUAGGCUGGUUCAUCAUGUUGUACCUUCAGAACUUUGCUCAUCAUCUGUUUUCGUUUUUGAGCGAAUACAGUAUCAAAACUGUAAAACAUUUUAUCCUUUAUCUGUUACCUAGCAAAUGUGUACUGUCUUCUCAAAACAGCAUUAACCGAAACGCAUAGGGCUUUAAUAUGUUGUGCACAUGUUUUUAUCUAUUGUGGCUUUUAAUUAGGUUUAAUUAUGUAGUUUUGUAACUGGUGUAGAAACCUAUUACAAAAGCCAGAAACAAUAGAAUUGUUUGUUUUAAUAUGUAAAAUGUUAGUCAGUGCUACCUGAUAUUAAUACUCUAAUUACUAAUUAUAAACAAGAAGGAGUAAACUGAUAAUAAAAAAUAAUUAAUUUACAGGAAAAAAAUCAAAUAUUGUAAUUAGCCUACCUCAGUAUGAAGGCUGCUUCUUCAAAGACAUCCUUCAUGCACUGUAAUGUCUUCACUUUCAAAUAUCUCAUGAAUAUUAUAUUUUGUAAAAAUAAAUACAAUACUUAAAAAAUUUUCAAACAAACUGUUAGAACAUGUUUACUAUAUAUGUGUCAUGAGAUCUGUUAGGCAACAUUAGACUGAAAUUUAGAGUCAAUUUCCAUGUUUAUUGCUAGAAAGUUGUAAAAUCACACAACACACACAAUUAGGGGGUUACGCUGUAGCGGUAUCCCAUUUUUUGUCAACAGUGUAAACAAUACUGUAAGCAAUAUUUCAUCUGACCUCCUGAGGUUGACAAUAAACAUGUUCUGGAGCAUCUAUUUUCACUUACCAUUUGUUGAACAAUAAAAAUGCUUUAUUUUU